AGUGAGGCAAGAGAAAUGUCUGUAUUAUACCAGACUAGGGCCUCGCAGCCUUCUACAGCAGCUGCUUUCUGGGCUUCACGUACAGCAAACUAAGGGGAGCUCUUCCAGCUGAGACACACCAACUCAUAUAGGCAUUCUGCUUUUUGUGAACUUGGAGCAGGUUAAUGAAGGCCAGGAUUCUAGGGUUAAAUCCUGUGUAGGCUCUGUCAGUCAUCAGGACACACCAGAUUUCAGAGGAUAACCGGAAACAGCAAUGGAGGGAAAGCGUCUUGUUUUUGUGUUGUUUUUGUGGAUGCUGCCACUGGGACUGAAAAGCACAGUGACACUUCAGCCUAACAGCCACUCCUCCGACUUCAGGAGCAGUGAGGUUACUGCAACUUCAGACAAAGUUUCACCCUUAGAAAUGGCACAAGAGCACCUCAACAAUGCACCAGAUGAAGGAAACCAUAGCACCGUAGCACCUUCAUUUGAGUUGAAGUUCACAGUGAAGAGUGAACCACAGACUCCAGAUCAGGUGUCCACCAGAUAUAUCAGCUCUUAUCUGCCUUCAAUCCACCCUUUGAGUACGAGCACAAAGAGGAACUCCCAGUCAUCUCCUGACCGCCAAACAACCAAAUAUAACGGAGCCAGGGAAACUUCGCCCACUAUGGGGAAUCAGCCUCCGGUAAGCCGAGUUACACCCUCGAGCCAGGGCAAAGUAAGUCCAACAGCAUCACCUAGACCUUCUGAGUUUUCCUCUCAAACAACCUCACCGACAACAAUUCAACCAACAGAGAUCCAAACAGGGACUGGUCCAACCAAUCGUCCGAUGUCGCAGUCCAACGACUCCACAGAGAGGACCCGACCCACGCCAACUGGUGUUGGAUUUGGAGUGACACCGACUAGAGCCGAAUUUACUUUGAACACAGGUGGGAAGGCUCAAUUGCCCAGCACUUCCUCCCAGGCCCCAGUCACAAGCAGGAAAUCAACCCCUUCACACCCCACUGAAAGAGGUCCAACAGGCCCAUCUGAGCUGCCUAGUGCUGCCACCCUACCUCCCUCUAUAACCAUGACCAAAUAUUUUACCCACAUCUCCACUCCAUGGACGUCGACCCAGCCCGCCAAGACCCUUGCCACCACUGCAGCCUCUGUUACUGCUAGUAUUGCCGUUACCAGCACCAAGGGCCAAUCCCCACUAAUGGUCCCCACUACAAAACAUGUCGCUACUGCCACCACCACGACAAAAAAUAAACCAAAGCCAUCUCCGUCAAAAAUGGCAAACAAAGACAGGAGCAAAACGACAGGGAACCAUGGCACAGUGGUGGCUGUACUGAUUGGUGUGACACUGGUUCUGAUGUUUGUCAGUUUUGGGGUCAUCUUUGUGAGGAAGCGCAGACAUCAGAGGAUGCAGCUGCAGAAUACAGCCUGGGCCGGCCCCUCUCCGUUUCUGGACAGUGGAGUCCAGUCUCGACUGGAUAAUGACGAUAGCAGUGACGUCCACCUGAGGGGCUCCAAUCGAAUCUCCUUCUCUGGCUUCCUGUCUCAGCGACUCUCCAAGAGGCUGUCUCUGCUCCAGGAGACUGACGAGGAAUUCCGGAUGGGUGAGAUUCCGACAGGAAGUACAUUUGGAAGAGAAACCGUUUCAGAUGAUGUUCAACCGAGUAACGGGACUGCUGCAGUGCACAAAGAAAAGACCCAGACUGAGGAAGUGCAACCUCUGGACAACUCUUCAUCUCCUCCCCCAUCGACGUCUUCAGAGACCACUGCCACAGCACACACCCAUGACCAUCAGCCUCCUACUUCCUUGCAGGUUGUUGAUCUGGGGCCAGACAAUGCUCCAAAUCGCUCUCCCUCUCGUACACCAUCAGAUAUCCCAGAAGCUAUUCCUCCACCACUAUUGGAUGUUUACCUGGGUCCCCCCUCAGACCAGGCCAGCCCCCCUCCACCAGAGAGCACAGAUCUUCCCACCCCACCCCCUGACCUGCCUUAACCAGUCUCCAAGCAGAUAGUAACACACAGAAAACCUACUCUCCUACCCCUCUACACAACAAAGGAAACCACUCCCGACAAAAAACAACUCAAACUGAUGCUCAUCAGUGUUCCGCUUACUUCAUCUAUAGCUCUUUCUGAUGAACCAUUUCAUGAAAUGGAUCUUCAACUAGGCCUAUAGCCAGUUUGAUUGUCAAAACCAAGCCAAUCCAUUUCCCUAUUUAAUGGUAUAACUUUGACAUUGGCCACAAUGUGAUUUUUAACACAUUAUCCCUGUGGUCUUUCUUUGGUAUUAAGAAAACCAAAUGUACACUGAGAACGCUUUCCCAAAUGUUUUGAUUCAAGUCAGAUCCGUAUUCAUUCAGCCUGACCAAUCUGUAGCAGUGAGAUUUAUUUCAUGCUACAACAAUUGCUUUUUCUCCUGUGUACUUUUUGGAGGAAAACACAGUGACAUAAGGGCCUAAACAUCAGCAUCAUACCCAGUGGUGAGAUAAUUCAGAGAAGGAUGCACUGCUGAAGUAAUGUAAUUCUGUGUGUGCACGUGUGGCAAGUGAACAUUUCCAGUCACUGCAAAAAAAACAUAUAUAUAUAUAUAUUUUUUUAAAAUAUUUUUUUUAAAUCGACCCAGGCUGAGACAUUCAUUGGGCAAAAUGGUGAGAGAGGAAGUUCUAAAAGGAAAUGAAACGAGGGGGUGAAUUAUAUAAUUAAACUGAGAAACGAUAGAUAGAAAGGGAUAAAAUGAAUGUGAAAAUGUGAGAAAGAGUGAGCAGGGAGUUAGACUCUCAGUGGGGCUGGCCCGAUACCAUUAGUGAGUGCGUUACUGCAGUGUUGCAGUCACUCCUAGUGUAUUUCAGAGCUGUACAUCAGUACACUAACAGUAGAGAGAGCGGACAGGCCACAGAGACAGAAAGAGGGAAAUGUCAGACCCACAAAUAGCGCCUCAAUGUCUCAUCUGAAGAGAAACCACAGAAACAUUAAGAUGGGAGACGGAAAGCAACAACCACUUCCACACACAAUUAUUUCCAUCUACACAUAUUCUUACCUGUUGACAAAUGAGAGUUGUGAUAUGCUCAUUGUUCAUCAACCAUGUAUUUAUGCAAUAAAUCCGCUGAUAUGCAAUAAAUCCGCUGAUGGUAAA